AGCUAAAGAUCAUUGCUCAGUGGUGAUCUUCCUUGUUUGUGAAUUCUAUUCUAUUCUAUUCUAUCAGCACUUUCAAGUUUCAAGACAGCAAGCAUAUCAUACAAACCUUGUCCCUUGUCAUUAUACUUUCACUGAAAUCCAAGUCAGAGUCAAUUCUCAGUGUCUCACUUCCCAAAAUUCUUCACCCUUUUGGCCUUUUUUCCCAUUCAGAAAAUAUGAUUCAGUUCAAUACAACCAAGAUGAAAAAGUGGAUGUUUUCACACUGAUCUUCUCCUUAAACCCCGCCAAGUUAGUUUUUCUUUUUCUUUUCCCUUGCCUAAUGGAAGUUAUGUCAAACACCAUCAUCAAGCAAAGCAACAACAUAGCAAUUUCACAAGGCACCAUCCAUUUUCAAAAACUUUCUUUCUGGUUCGCCCCUCGAACUCGUCCACCGGGUUAAUUUUCCUUCUGAUCUUUCUCUUGUAGCUCCACUCCACUAAAAGGGUUUUCAAAGGUUUUAAAAAACCUCUACCAUAGCAAUUUCAACUACAAAAGUCAAGGAUUUUAGACUAAUCGCAAUUCGUGAUUGUAACUGUGGUUGCAUCGGCUGUAUUUGUUGGUAAUUUUUUUACAACAUCAAGUAUCAAAAUAAAACUGCAACCACGACUGCAAUUUAAAACCUUUAGGACUAUGGUUUACUCCUUCUAUGACAAAACCUCUUCUUCUUCUUCUGGCUCCGAUAUUUCGGGGUUGUUCAAUCCUACUUUGCAUAACCUUGGAGCCUGCAAUGACUUGUCAUCAUCACCACAUUCUUUGGUAUUUGAGAGUGAUAAGGGAGAGCUGGUGAAGUGCCUUGCAGCUGCAAAGGUAGGGAAGAGUGAGAUUUGUGAGGCCAAAGCUUUGGCUGCUUUGAAGAACCACAGUGAAGCAGAGAGGAGGAGGAGGGAGAGAAUAAACGGUCAUCUUGCAACACUACGUGGCCUUGUGCCAUCCACUGAAAAGAUGGAUAAAGCCACUUUACUGGCUGAAGUGAUUAGCCAAGUGAAGGAGUUGAAGAAAAAUGCAGCGGAAGUAAGCAAGGGUUUUCUGAUUCCAAAGGAUGCUGAUGAAGUGAAAGUUGAACCAUAUAAUGAUCAUGAAGGAGGAGAAGGAUCCAUGUCUUACAGUGCAACUAUCUGCUGUGAUUUCAGACCUGAAAUACUAUCUGACCUAAGACAGACCCUUGAUUCCCUUCCACUGCAUCUAGUCAAGGCAGAAAUUUCAACUUUGGCAGGUAGGAUGAAGAAUGUGUUUGUCUUCACUUGUUGCAAAGAAAACAUUAAUAAUAUUGAUUUUGAAAAAUGCCAAGCUCUUGCAAGUACUGUUCACCAGGCACUAUGUUCUGUGAUGGAAAAGGCUUCUGCCUCACUGGAUUUCUCACCAAGAACAUCACAUGCAAGCAAGAGGAGAAGACUAUGCUUUAUUGAAACAUCCAAUUCCACAUGCAACCAUGGGUCUUGUUUGUGCUGAUGUCAAGAAUUUGAUGUGUUAUGUUAUUUGUUUCUGCUGCAAGUGUUACAGAGUGUGGUAUUAACAUUUCUUAUUUUUUGAGGAAUGCUAACAACACAACUGAUAGUAUAUUGUUUAAUAUGUUUUCUAUUAUUGGGUGAAUCUCACUGAACAAUAAAUGAGAUUCGUUAAAUAGCAUAUGUGACAUCAUAUAAUGAGAGCCACGCUUAUCCAAUAAUAGAAGUUGUGUUAAAAAAAGUUUGUGAGAGAAUGUACUAUUUGUCUUACUAUGCUGGCAAAUUAUAGCUGUUCUGGAUUUACCCUUGCACCCCUUCUAAAAGUAUGUUUAGAAGUAUUCUUUUUUCAAAGGUACAAACAGCAAUCAACAGUAUGUUCACAAUGAUUAUCCAAACCAGUACUACUAGUAUGAUGUUUCUGAAUUUGAAAAAUGGCUUGUGUGGAAGCUUUUAUGGUGUAUGUAUAUCUAUGCAGAGCAAUUGGAGAUUUGUGUUA